UAUGCCGCAUCGGAUAGCUCUGCAUGUUGGCAAGAAAAGCUAUGCGGUAUUGUGAAUGUAGCCUUAUUAUGGCGAUAUUGGUCAAGGUAACAGGACUGAGUGGAGUCCAAUUCGGUCUGUAGUCGUACGGGUGUUUAACAAACUCCCGGUUUGUUUAAUCACGAGUAUGAUUGCAGACCAAAUUGGACUCCACUCAGUCCUGUUACCAAUUAAUCAUAACUUUGACAAAUUUCAGAUAUAUAAGGCUCUUUUUUUAAAUCAAAAUACAAGAAAUUCCAAGGUUUUUUUGCUGGCGGCGAAAAGAAAAGUCAUUUAAGCGCGCGCGUGAAGGCGCGUACUGUUCAAUUCACUGAAAUCAGGGCAGUUGAUAGCCAAUCAGAUUUGAGAAUUUUGCUAUUGUUAUGAUUAGGCUUUAAAUUCGCGCUUAUGGCUAAACUUAAAUGCCUAUCAUGCAACCCCAGUAAAAUUUCGUUUCUGGUCUCUUUUCAUUCGUUUGUUGCUUAUGUUAUUUUAUCCAUUUGUAAGUUUUGACUCGCGAGGGAUUCCCAUAUAGAAAUCAAAUCGAAUUCUAAUUUGCAGCAAAGGCCACUGGAAUCAUUCAUGUCGCGAGAAAUUGUUCGUACACAAAGACAUUCCCUCCGUUCAAUAUUCCUGACUAUUUCCCUCAAAUUAGGCCAAAGUCUUGUCUCCUAACCUCUCAGUCUCUCUAUCCUCUAAAUAUCAACAGAUUGCAAAGACAAAAGACCCGACUGCAAGGAUGUGAUUCAAGGUGACGACCCUAGAUACUUGUGUCGCAAGCACAAAGGUGAAUGUGACGAAUAUUGUGGAGAAUGCGCCGGUAAGGGCUUCAUUGAUAUACUCGAUACAUAUUGCGUCUAAUCAGGAACAAACACUCUUAUGCUUCAGUGUUCAAGGCGUCUUCGCAAACCUUUUAAUUGCAAGAUCGAUCGAUCUCGUCGCCAGUGACGACGAGAAAAUUCCUACUUGGCUCAUGAAUCAUUUAAUCUCUGAAUCCUGAUGCGAUUUCUUUUUUUAAUACCCUUCAGCCGAUGUCAGGUAUGAAUUUUGAUAUUCGAAAUUGACUUAUCGAAACUUUCGCAGCAGUCACACGAACCAUGGCAGCGCAGCAAACAUUCAGCCGGAUAUGAGUAUUUGCAGGGCUUUCCACAAGUUGCACGAGAUUUUCCAUAAGCUUUCCCGUAAUUUCAAAAAGAGUUGCUCAAAAUUUGCUCAUAAAAACAAGCAAAAGUUGCUUUUUGUAACGAAAGUAGCUCAAAAGCUGCUCGAAAAUACAAAGACGUUCUUUGGUCUGAUGCUAAAAUCCCCGGGGGGGACGGUACUUCCUUAUAAGAGACUUAGGCUGCGUGGCGUUCCUCCCUAUCCCCUACCCCCUACCCCUUUCGACGCCUGCUACGCAGGCUAUAAGAGACUAAUUGGGAUGUGCCGCUGGAUGGGGUCGCAUUUUUACGACUGAAUUGACUACUACAAGGGGGUUGCAUUUUAAAAAGAGUUACUAGAAUCGGGUCGCACAUUUUCUGAUUUUUUGGGUAAGACAGUUCUUCACAUUUACGGUUAGCAAACGUACCAGAAUGUUUUUACUGUAGGUGAAAAGUAAAGUGUUCUUCAUUCAAUUUAAAAAAUGGGUCAAUUCAUUUUAGGAUGACCUAUUUAAAGGAUUGAUAAGGUAGAUACAUAAAUAGAAAGUGCGGACUAAGUCGGGAUCGCGAAAAUUAAAUAUUUGCCCAAAAGUGACUAAGAUGGGUCUAUGAUUGGCCAGAGAAUAGACUAUAAUGGGGUAGGGACUCUGAGAGGUCAGCGGCACAUAUCCAGCAAAAAUUAAGCCAAGUAGGUCCCCCUCGGGGGGCUAAAUAUGCAAACUGUACAACAAAGUAAGAUUUCUAAGCAUUUUUGUACUAUUUUGCGGAGUGACCAGGGUUAGGAAAAAACUUUCUCCUCAAUUAAAACAAAAAAAAUGCAAUGAGCUAAUAAAAUUAGUGAUUGACCUUCUUCACCCGAGACACUCAAGUCAGUCGGAUGUGAAUCUUCGUUCACCAUUUUGAAUUUUCUCUAAAAACCGCUGACCUAGCAGCCCGGCAGGGGGAGGAUUUGGCUUCUUUUUUUUACAGGAAAUUCAUCAUAAAUUGUCUACUAUAACAUUGUGAAAUAUGGAAAAAAGGCCAAUUUAAGCUCUGAAAGCUGCUCCGAUAUCUCAGAAUUAGAAGAUAACUAGAGAAAUUGCUCAGAAAGCAAAAAGUUGCUCGAAAGGAAAAAAAUGGCUCGAAAUACGAGAAGUUGCCAAAAAGUUGCCGGCCAGCAACUUGUGGAAAGCUUCAAGUAUUUGUGCCAUUGUCGAUGAAAUAUGACAUUUAUCUUUUUUACGCUAUGUUACAUACAUAUACUUUGUAUAAGUAAAUUGAGCAUGACCUGAAAAACUGGUAAUUAACUCUGGUUAUUGACCCGUACAAUCGACUGAUGGCGCCAAUCGCGCCGAUGACAUUUCGAGUCAGCCAAUAACAUCACGGCUUAACUAACAGACGACCAAUAACAUCGCGACUUAAUUGACCAAUCAGGUCAAUAACCAGAGUUAAAUAUCAUCAAAUGGCGUGAUACAACUCACUUUGACUCUGAAGAUGACUACCGCACAGGUUGUCGAAACGUCUGUCUUUGUCGACAACAGUCCUAUCCAGUACUUACCUUUGAAAUGACUCCUCUUUACACUAGAGCGGGGCCUUCAUUGUUACCGAAAAAGGACCCUUGUUGUCUCUUAAAAUAAACGUAGAAAACGCCCUGGCUGACGUUAGUAUUGUAGGGAAUUUCUCCUUACUUUUGAUGGAACUCUUAACAGCUUUGCCUUUUUGUAAAGUUUAUUUUAUUUUUUUUAAGCGGCGUGUAAAGAUAUUGAACCCACUUAUCGUUGUUUCAAGGCCCGGAUGAACGGAGACCAAUGUAGGGAUAGAAAAUGGAAAGAUGGAUGCGAGCUCACCUGUUGCAACUGCGACAAAAUGUUCAGGUAUAUGUUAUGACAUAUCGUCUUCAACCAAAACUUAGUCAAGAACAAGACACACAUUUUUUUGUUGUGUUACAAGCGUGGCAGGACAUAGCAAUCAAAACUUGAGCCCAGUCUCCGACAGGUUCCUAACCCAUAUCAUUCCCAGAAACCAGGCCCCAGUUGUUCAGAGUUGGAUAGCGCUAUCCACCGGAUAAAUUACUAUCCAGCGGAUCAGUGUUGGGGAAACUAAUUGUACUAUCCACUAAAUAUAGAUUUAUCCGAUGGAUAGCGCUAUCCAUGCCAGUCUUUCAACAAUCGAGGCCAGGUGGGCGCUCUAUCCAGAGUUGCUAGAGAUAGAUAGAGAUAGAUAGAUAGAUUUAAUUCAAAUCAUAUGGCAGCCCUCCAAGGCUGAAUUGCAUGAAUUUACAAAUACAAUUGAUGCAAAACUUAAAAUAUGAAAAUGUACCAAUUUAAAAAAAAAAAUCUACAAAAUUAUACUUUAGAAUUCUAAUUUAUAAAAGUUAUACUUUAGAUGAAUUAAACUUUAUACAAAAACUGCUAACGCCUGCACAUAGAUGGCAGAAAUGUGCUAGAAAAACGCUUGGUACGCAUGACUGGAUUUGCAAAGUUACGUUGUCUUCUGAGGUUAUAAUGACAAUAGUUCUUGGGAAGGAGAAAAUGAUGCAACCUUAUGAUCUGGAUUAGAUACAAUAGAAUCAAACAGUUUUUCACAUUGAUAUAUGCGUCUGUCCUCUAAAGAUGCCAUGUUGAACAUUGACAGGCUGUCAUCGUAAGAAAGGCCUGGCGAAAAAAUUGAUAGUGCACGUUUUUGAAUGCGUUCAAUAUCCUUACUUAAGUAGUCAGGCAGUGCGUGAUGGUACAGUGGGGCACAAUAUUCUAGAACUGGCCUUAUACAAGUAAGAUAGAAACAAAUGAUAUCGUGUGCUGGAACAUUUGCACGCUUAAGUAAUAUAAGAAAGUAUAUUCUCUUGUUGCAUAUGGUUGCAUAGAUAUGGUUUCGAUUGCCUUAUUUUUCGUUAGGAAUUUCUUUCGUUCUUCUAUUCCGAAAUCAAGUUAGCCUGCGUAGCAAGCGUUUCCGCGCGAGUUCGUCGAGAAAGUUGGGAAGAGAGCUUCCGCUCUAACUUUCGCGCAAUAACUCGAUUGGAAACGCUUGCUACGCGGGCUAAAAUCAAGUCAAACGAACCCCCCUUUAUUAAUUUCAAACAGCAAUUAUGCUUUCAAACUGCGUAUUUAAUAUUUACCAUGCCUCGAUAGCCGGGAAACACCUUGUAGUAAAAUGUUGAAAAUCAAAGUAGCGACUGUUUUGUGGGUAUGAGUUGCUUGCUUUAACCAUUUUAUGAUAGUUACCGAUUCUUUCUUCCUUCAUUUUCAGUCGAAAUUGUAACUAGGCCGCUUGAACAUCGAAACGUGCAAGAAUAACAUGCCACAAAGAAGAUUAUAGCUGCGAAAUUUUUUCAGGCAAUCUGAUCUUAGGAGAUCCAGGAUCCAGAGGACAUCCCGAACAUAGCAGAUGUUCCCGAAGGCUUCAAAAGACGAAGACGAUUAUGCUAUUACUAAAAUGAGAUUGUGAUGAAACGACUCAGAUUUCUUGUCUUGAACAGCGAUUAAAGUUAAGAGUACACUUGGAAUUUUUUUAUUUUCAUUUUUCCAUUUUUCUCAAAGAAAAGUUUUAGUUUACCAGACCAGAGAGGUUUGGCAGUUCGAGGGGUUUGCUCCAAGAAUUACAUCGGUUUUGGUGGGCAGCUAACCCUAUUCUCAUGUUAGUCAUUUUGUUUUGCUAUUUUUGUGUGCAGUUUUUCAUUUCUGCUAUAAUUAUUUUAAUUUACUAUUUGUUGUAAUCUUUUACUGCUGCUUAUUUGAAAACCUUGUAAGUACAAAUAUGUAUAGCGCCAAAAAAAAUAAGUAUGUGUAAUCAAAUGGUGACGAGUGAAAUUAGGGAAUAAUUUCACUUGAAGGCUUGGGAAAUUAUAAGGAUUUGGACAAAACGUAAGUGAAAUUAUUCCCUAAUUUCACGAGUAUACCAUUUGAUUACCUAUUAAUAUCAUGGGUGACGAAUUACUUUAGUAAUCUUGGAUUUUUGACAUGUUUAUCCUGGAUUGCGGAUCGAGAACUCCACUCUCUCGAACAUUUAGAGCUUAAAUUUGACUCAAGUUUAGAAUUUUUCUACAAAAUACCUGUUAGAAUCCUUCUUGAUGUGCUCUUUGGUGAGUUCAGGUUUUCUAAAGCGUCUUUAUAUGCCCUGGCAUCUUCAUUCAUAACAUUUUAAAACUUCGUCGCCAUCUUGACACUGAGACGUACGGAAGGUUGCCAUGGCAAUUUUGUAAUUUCACAUGUGAAAUUACAAAUUAUCGCCGAAAUUUCGCACCAAAAUUAAGGAGUAAUUCGUCACCUAUGAUAUUAUAGUUGUAACAAGCCUAACUUAAUCAUAUAGUUUUUUUAACUGUUUGUGGGUAGGUACUACUCAAAUGGUAACUAUCUGUUUCUUUUAGUUAAUAAA